GAGCGCGGGGGGCCCAACCCUCCCAGGCGUGGGGCCCGCAGCGCCAGCUCCGCGCCCUGGAAUAGUCGCUGGGCUCCCGCGCAGUCCUCGCGAGCCCUCGAGGUGGCCAGUGUGCAGCGUCCCGGCUAUAGCAUACCCGAAGAUGCAGGAUGGCUGCGCGACCGCCAGUCAGCCUCUCCUACCGCACCACGGGUUCCACCUGCCUGCAUCCGCUCAGCCAGCUCCUCGGCAUCCCGCUAGACCAGGAUCAGCCACGGCCUUUGGUACACAUGGACCUGCUGUUUGGAGCCAGAGGGCUGGGCAGGAUUUCUGAUCCCCUGACCUGGGAACACAGAGAGUCCUGAUAGCCCCUUCAGGUGGGAGCUCUGAGAGGAGAGACUUGUUUUCACUGCCCCCGCCCCAUGCACAUAGAUGACGAAGUGAGACACAUGUGGACAUGGAUUCCAGCAUCCCUGCGCGUCAGGCUCCGUCUUUAGCCAGCUUACUGAGUAUGGCACUUAGCCCGAAGUCUUGAUAAUCCACAUCCACAGGAAAUGAUACUCUACAAUUAUUGUUAUUUGGUUAACUUUGUGGCUUGCCAGCUCUUUGCCUUGUCUGCUGCUUUCUGGUUUAGAAUUUACUUACAUCCUGGCAAAGCCAGCCCCGAGGUCCGUCACGCAUUGGCCACCCUUUUGGGUAUUUAUUUCGUUGUGUUUUGUUUUGGCUGGUAUGCUGUGCAUCUCUUUGUGCUGGUGUUGAUGUGCUAUGGAGUCAUGGUCACUGCAAGUGUAUCCAAUAUUCAUAGGUAUUCCUUUCUCGUAGCAAUGGGCUACCUUACGAUAUGCCACAUCAGCCGAAUAUACAUCUUCCACUAUGGAAUUCUCACUACAGAUUUUUCGGGGCCUCUGAUGAUUAUCACUCAGAAGAUCACAACCUUGGCUUUUCAAAUUCACGAUGGAUUAGGUCGAAAAGCUGAAGACCUUUCUGCUGAGCAACACCGACUUGCUGUGAAAGUGAAGCCCUCACUUUUGGAAUACUUAAGCUACCAUCUCAACUUUAUGAGUGUCAUAGCUGGCCCUUGUAACAACUUCAAGGACUAUGCAGCCUUCAUUGAAGGGAGACAUAUACAUAUGAAGUUGCUGGAAGUGAACUGGAAGCAAAAAGGCUUCCACAGUUUGCCAGAACCUUCUCCCUCUGGAGCUGUGAUACAGAAGUUGUGCAUGACCUUGAUGUCUCUCCUGCUGUUUUUGACACUCUCCAAGUCCUUUCCUGUCACCUUCCUUAUUGAUGACUGGUUUGUACAUAAGGCCAACUUUCUGAGUCGACUCUGGUACUUAUAUGUCGUCAUGCAAGCCGCAAAGCCCAAGUAUUACUUUGCAUGGACAUUAGCGGAUGCGGUGCACAAUGCAGCUGGCUUUGGGUUCAACGGUGUGGAUGCGGACGGGCAUUUCUCUUGGGAUCUGCUAUCUAACCUGAACAUCUGGAAGAUUGAGACUGCUACGAGUUUCAAAAUGUACUUAGAAAACUGGAAUAUUCAGACAUCUGCUUGGCUGAAAUGUGUGUGCUAUGAACGGGUUCCCUGGUACCCUACUGUGCUCACCUUCCUCCUGUCUGCUCUGUGGCAUGGCAUUUACCCUGGAUAUUAUUUUACGUUCUUAACUGGAGUCCCCGUCACAUUGGCAGCUAGAGCGGUGAGGAACAACUACAGACAUCACUUCCUUUCUUCCAAAGCUCGGAAGGUUGCUUAUGACGUAGUUACCUGGGCCGCCACUCAGUUGGCUGUCUCUUACGCGGCAGCGCCCUUUGUCUUGUUGGCAGUUGAACCAACCAUCAGUUUAUACAAGUCUAUGUUCUUUUUCUUACACAUCAUAAGUCUGCUGAUAAUCUUUUUCCUGCCAAUCAAACCACGCCAGCCUCAAAGGCAGCCUCAAAGUGAAAAUUCUGUAAAGAAGAAGGUGAACUGAUACCCACAAAGAGAAGCUGAAAAACAGAAUUGCAGGACACUGGGAAGACACAAUGGACAGAAUUGCAGGACACUGGGAAGACACAAUGGACAGGCUUGAGGAUUCUCCAGUGACUUAGAGGAGAUGUUUACAUGCGUUCUUUUUUUCACUGCAGGGAAUAUUUUUAUAAGUCCUUUUUUUUUCUACAGUUAAAAUCACUAUGCCUAGCUUUGUCUUCAUAUUUUACAGGGCUGUUCAGUGACACAGUGUAGAACAGGCCACUGGGUCAGCUCUUCUGAAAUCCUUUCCAUCAGUUGAAAUCUGGAUGCAUGGAUCCAGGCAUUGCCUCCAAUACUUAGGAGGUAUCUGCUGAGAUGACUUGUCCUAGAUUUCUGAAAUCAGAACAUUCCCAGGCAUGAUUUUCCCUGGCAACUCUGGACCCUUGGAUGUGUGACUUACCCGGUUGUGGACACAACUCCUAUGCCCAGAAGCCCUUAAAGGGAAGUGAUUAUGGAGGGAUGUUUUUAGGGUGUUGGAAAAAACCUCCAAAGACAGUGAGGAUUAUCCCUGAAUGCUUGAAUGGAUUGGUGUGCCCUCAAACAGGCUGCGUUAUUUUCCCCCAGAAAUGUAUCAUUCCCUUUCUUCCUUCUGAACUGAGCCAAGAUCAGAAAUCAGAAAGUUUCCGGCCUGUGUGCCCCAGGAGCUGGGGAGUAGGAGGGGGCUCCUGGUUUCCCUUUCACCUGCUUUGAUCUGCUUGAUUGACCUGUAUUGGCCCCGAGAAGGCACCCAGACACUGAUACUGUCAAAGGUGGCAAAGAAAUAAUUGCUUUCAGUAGAUAGAGGUUCUCUUUUCUCCCUACAUGUCUUGGAAGUGUCAGUGAUCAUUGCCAAUGUGUAGACACAGACUGAUUCUUGUAAUGGAUUAAAUUCAGCUUUAUUUUAAGUAAACUGUCAUGUUGGGAAGCUGCAGCUGAAUGACAGUGCUCUACUCUGUCUUCAUUAUGAAUGUGCAGUGGCUCCUUUGGAGGAUUUCCACUGGGUAAAAUAGUCUAUGAAAGAAGGAAACAUAAUAUUUAAAAUGUGGAAAAUAAUGAGAAUAAUAAUAAUAAUAAUAGUAAUAAUAAUAAAAUAUAUGCUUCAGUGAUGUGCCCUGGGAGCUGAAAAUUUGUUCUGAUCAGAUAAUAAAAAAAUUGGUUUCUCACUGAAUAAAUAAUAUAUUUCUAUUUUA